AUGAUCUAAAUAGAAAAAUAACAUGCUGACAAAUUAGGUAAAGAAUAAUAUGAUAAUGAUAGCUUUUCGAAAUAAGAAGCUAGUGGUUUAAUUGCUGGGUAAUCUAAUACGUUUGCUUCUCAAAAUUGCUAGAGAGGAUUGUUUCCUGACAAUAAAUAGAGCUCUAGUUUUAACAUUACUAAUACAACAUUAGAUUGCGACCAAAAUUCAACUCAGUUAAAUUUAAAUCAAAAAAAUGAGUCCAUGAAAAAAAAAUUUCUUCCACCAAAGAGACUUACUCCAAUGGAAUCAUAUCCACAGCCUAAUCAUGAUGUCAAAAAAAAUAACUACAUGCAGGGAGAUAGAAGAUUUGAAAAUUACAAUGAAAAAUGCGUAGAUAAUAAUAAUGAUUAUCAUAAAGUGAAGUGUUAUUAAUGCGAUUCACUAUUUGAAUGGGAUCAAGUCGUUGAUUUAAUUUGUAAACACACUUUUUGUCUGUAAUGCAGUGCUUAAUUUCCUGAAAUAAAAGUAGUUCAAUAAAAGCAGAAAAUUAUAACCUAAAAAUGUCCUAGAAAUGAAUGUAGUUAUCAUUAUUAAAAAGAAAAAAAGAAAGAAUAUAUUAGUGAAAAUGGGCGGAAAACUAUAAAAAUAGAAUCUUAGGUAAAAAUCAAUCAAUACUCUACCGAAUAUAAAGCUAAGUCUCUUGAUAACAAAAAAACAGCCGAUGUAUAAAUAGAAAUCAAUGAUCAAACUAAGGAAACUACGAUCCUUGGACUUACAAACUGCCCUGAAUGUAGAGGGGAAGUUGAAAAAUUUGAAAAUAAUACUCAAACAACCUGCAAAAAAUGUCAGUAUGAAUUCUGCUGGAACUGUGGAUUGAAAUUCCAUCACUUUCUUCAUGCAGAGUGGAUGUGUUUCAUAAGCUGCAAGAAAAUAGUAAUAAGCUAACCGAAUAACUUUAAUAACUGGACUAUUAUUUUCGCCGCUAUUUGCUGCUAUUGGACUGGCUCCAGCCUAUUUUAUUUGGCUUUACCUAUUUUAUAAAAUGGCUUCAUGGAGUCCAAAGUUGAGACAUGGCUAUUAUAUACAGGUAAAAGGGGUAAUUGA